AUGCCCUGUGUGCACUACAAAUUUUCCUCUAAACUCAACUACGACAUGAUCAUCUUCGAUGGGCUCCAAAUCUCCCUCUGCGACUUAAAGAAGCAGAUUAUGGGCAGAGAAAAGCUGAAAGCUGCCAAUAGCGACCUGCGGAUCUUCAACGCAGAGACGCAAGAAGAAUAUACAGAUGACAAUGCGCCAAUUCCUAAGAACUCAUCUGUGAUUGUCAGAAGAAUUCCUAGUGGAGGCGUUAAGUCGGCAAGGAAGACACACACUCUAAGUGGAACUGGACCAGUGAUGGGAACCACACAGGCAACCGGUGACUCUUCUGCAUCCAUUUCUCUGGCCCAGCUUACAGAGACUGCCAAUCUGGCUGAAGCCAAUGCUUCGGAGGAAGAUAAAAUCAAAGCGAUGAUGUGGCAAUGUGGCCGAGAAUACGACCCAGUCAGUUCCGUGAAGAAACCUCUGGGUCCACCACCUCCAUCUUAUACCUGUUUUCGUUGUGGUGUCCCUGGUCAUCAUAUUAAGAGUUGCCCAACAAUCGGGGAUAAGAACCUUGAAUCCGGCCGGAGAAUCAGAAGGAGCACUGGAAUUCCUACCAGUUUUCUGACUGAGGUGAAAGAUCCUAACACGAAGGGUGCGAUGCUCACCAACUCUGGAAAAUACGCAAUACCGACCCUAGAUGCAGAGGCCUAUGCGAUCGGGAAGAAAGAGAAGCCACCCUUCUUCCCAGAGAAACCGUCCUUGUCGUCGUCGUCGUCGUCGUCGUCGUCGUCGUCGUCAUCAUCUUCAGAAGAAGAAGAAACAAAACCUAUCCCGGAGGAGCUCCUGUGCCUCAUCUGCAAGGACAUCAUGGUGGAUGCUGCUAUCAUUCCCUGCUGUGGAAACAGUUACUGUGAUGAAUGCAUUAGGACAGCACUCCUGGAAUCAGAUGAACAUACAUGUCCAACAUGUCAUCAGAACCAUGUUUCUCCGGAUGCUUUAACUGCCAACAAGUGUUUACGACAGGCUGUUAGUAACUUCGAAAAUGGAACUGGCUAUACCAAAGGACCUCGCCAACAGUUCCCUCCAUCCCCACCCCCAAUACCACCACCAAGACCACUCCUUCAGAGGAGCCCCCAGCCUCUGGCCCGAACACUGGUACGGAGACAGCUGGAUCCUCUGAGGAUCCCAGUGACGUCUUCCUCAGCUCUCCCAGCUCCCUCUGUAUCUUCGCUAACUUCAAGUCCGGCUCUCUUGGCACCCUCUGUGCCUGGAACUCCAUCUUCUGCCCCAGCUCCGGUACCGGAUUUGACUGCGACAGUGUCUAUCCCAGUCCAUUUGGAAAAGUCAGACGACCCUUUUCAGGAUUCGGGUGAUAAACUAUUACCAGCCGCAGCUCUGGAACCAGAGCAUCCUAAGAGAGCCUCCUCAGUUGCCACUGGGGCUCUUACUCAGGAAAAGGGUCACGAGGUGCCUGUCCUUGGAACUGCGUCUCGGUUGGCGCAGUCCUCAUUGCAGGGACAGUGGGUCCCCACAACUGGUCCGGAAAGAAAAAGUGCCGCUCUUCCAGGUGGUGGACCACCACCAGGCUGGGGACAUUUCAACCAGCUUGGCCACCUGGUUUCUCCACCGCAGCAAGUCACAAGAGGGGAAGGAAGUUGUCACAGGAGCACAGAGCGCGGGCCACAGCACAGCCAAAGAUCCCAGAGGGCUCAAGGCCCAUCCCUCCCAGGAACUCCAGUCUCUGUGCCUGUUCCUCCAGGUGUACCUCCCCCACACUUCUCUCCUGGCUUCCCUCCUGACCAGCCCCAGCCUUCAGGAGACAGUGUCCCCCCUGCAGGGUUUCCACCAGCUCCUGCCACUAUAUGGAAACCUUGGCUAUGGUCGUCAGGAGUGCAGACUGCUCACCCAAACACCAUGCCUACAACACCAGCCCGGCUUUUGUCCAGGGAAGAAUUCUAUAGAGAGCAACGACGACUGAGGGAAGAGGAGAAGAAAAAGUCCAGGCUAGACGAGUUUACCAAUGGUUUUCUUAAGGCGUUGACGGGGCAUGAAAAGAUUCAGAGGAAGCCAGGGCACUCCUUUUCCAGGUCUAAAUCUCCCUGUACUGGUUCAUCAGAUUCAAGAAGUUCAUACGCUUCUUCCUCAAAGUCAAGAUCUGGCUCCACACGGUCAAGCUCUUCCUCUGGAUCCUCCAGCCGCCCACACUCUGGCUUCUAUUCGCCAUCACCUCGAUACCCCAGGAGAGGCAGAGGCGAGAGCCGUCAUCACGGUUCUCGAGGGGCCAGUUCUCGAGGAUAUCAUGGAUCUAGGUCAAGGUCCCCUCCCUAUAGAGGUUCUCGUUCACGGUCAAGAUCUCCUCAGAGAAGGUCCACUCGCCGUGACAUCAAAACCUAUUAAGGGCAGAGGGUCCACUUUAGAGACCUCUUUGAGAAAGAACGCCCCAGGGAGAUGGGAGGGGAAUCGCCUACCGAGAAUGGUACAACAAGUACUACCAUGGGUAUGCUGUGGGGCACAGGCUAGACCCUCAGCUACCAGAGAAGACUUCUCUCCAUAGAGACUUUCACCUCUUAAUAUCAGAAAUUCACCCUUCACAAGAGGGCCCAGAGAAGACUAUGCUCCUGCACAGCGUCAUAGACACAGAAAUCGAGGCAUCAACUAUCCAGGAAAGCCUUCCACCGAGAGAUAGUCACAAUCCGAAAGGGAACACAAAAUCCAGAGUGAAGGAGAGUGGGAACGUUCCAGGAGUCCAUGAAGACACAAGCAUGAGAGAAAAACGGAAAACGGGGAAAGCAUGAGGAGAGUGAGAGCUUCCUGAGUUCUGAGCUGUUAGAGACUUCCAGCCAAUCCAGGGAGUUGUUGGGUGUGGGUGACACUAAGGCAGAUACACCGUUUGUCCUCCCAAGGAGAGACGAUGCCUCACACCUGUUGGGGAUGAACUGACGGAGGCAGAAUCCAUCACUUUCAAAGCAGUGUCUGAGAAGGACAAGAGAGAAAAAGAUAAACCAAAAGGAAAAAGUGACAAGA